AUGACGAACGCCUGGCUUCAACAGCAGCGCAAAGGCGCCCUCACCGAAAUUGCCGACCAUGUCGGGUUGAAGAACGUCGAGCGCUACAAAAAGAUCGACCUCGAAGUCGCAUUAGAAGAGCACCUACGCGCAAACAGCUCCAAGCUAUCAUCCGACUCAAAAGUCGCUCCCUUCUUCUACACCGUCGACCCAUUGUCGCCCACGAAGCAGGAUCCCGCGACCGGCACCGUGCAGACGGUCGAGAAGGAGAGGAAGCCAAGGGCCAGGAGGCAAACCCUUAAGGCGCGUGAGGAAUUGGAAGGGGGAGACGACGCCGGAUCCUCCGCGCCGACCAAGACGCCCAACCGGGCCCUCUCCUUCGCGCGCUCCGUGCCCCUGCCCCCUUCCCCCGCCGUCCUCGCGAGUCAAAUAGACGCCCACACCACCACCUUCCGCAGCUCCAUCUCAAACUACAUAGCCGACUCCCGACUGCCCUCCACCCUCGACAGCGUGCGCGGCUACCUAAGCACGGUAACGGGGAUCGAAAUACUCACCCUGUUUGUCGAAGCCUUCGGUCUCCGCUACGAAGUAUUGCCCUUCCGCUACCUGACGACGCUCCCCGCCUUCCCCGCCCUCGGGACGUCCGAAUUGCCCCUCAAAGUCCCCGAUUUCUUCGCCCUGCUCACGACUGCGUUCUGGGGUCCGUUCGGCCUCUGGCUCUUAACGAGUGUCUUGCUGCCCCUAUUGGGCGGCUGGUUCAUCAACCUGAAAGGCGAGGGCGGGUACGAUGCCGUCAGUUUCAAUGCCGUCAAGGCGAUCACGGCGUGGGUGGUAUACGUGAGGGGUGGCGGACCGAGCGCGAGCACGCGGGUUGUGGAGAGGGGGGUCCCGGGGGGCAGUACGGGGAUGCUUGUGGGGGCCGGGGCUGGGGCGUUGGCGGGGAUUUAUGAGGCUGUGUUGCGGAAAUAG